UCAAGGAGCAUGUUUGACUGACGAGCAGAAGAAGAAGCGGCAUCCUUGAGGCUCUGCCCCCUCCGCUGGUGGACCGCCCUGCACAUCUGACCAGAGACCCGUUAAGUCACUUGGAAAGGAUGCGAAGGUUCGCCUACUGCAAGGUGGUCUUGGCCACCUCUCUGGUCUGGGUGAUGCUGGACAUGUUCAUUCUUCUCUACUUCAGCGAGUGCAACAAGUGCGAUGACAAGAAAGAACGAGGACUGCCUGGCAGAGACGACACGCUGUCCAGACCACGAGAUGGACCGGGUGAAGGUGGCAAGCCGGUGGUGAUCCCUAAAGACAACCAGGAGAAGAUGAAGGAGAUGUUUAAGAUCAACCAGUUCAACCUCAUGGCCUCUGAGAUGAUCGCUCUCAAUCGCUCGCUGCCCGAUGUCCGUCUGGAAGGGUGCAAGAACAAGUUAUAUCCCGAUAAUCUUCCUCGCACCAGUGUGGUGAUUGUAUUUCACAACGAGGCCUGGAGCACGCUGCUGAGAACCGUUCACUCAGUUAUUGACCGCUCUCCACAUACACUGCUGGAGGAAAUUGUCCUGGUGGAUGAUGCCAGUGAGAGAGAUUUUCUCAAAAGGCCGCUGGAACAGUAUGUCCGAAGAUUAGAAGUGCCUGUCAGAGUGGUGCGGAUGGAGCAGCGCUCCGGACUCAUUCGCGCACGCCUCAAGGGAGCUUCUAUCUCCACCGGCCAGGUUAUAACCUUUUUGGAUGCUCAUUGCGAAUGCACCACAGGUUGGCUGGAGCCUCUGCUCGCCCGCAUCAAACAAGACAAGAGAACGGUGGUGUGCCCCAUUAUCGACGUCAUCAGCGAUGAUACGUUUGAGUACAUGGCAGGAUCCGACAUGACGUACGGGGGCUUCAACUGGAAGCUGAACUUCCGCUGGUACCCCGUCCCCCAGAGAGAGAUGGACCGCCGCAAGGGAGACCGCACGCUUCCCGUCAGGACUCCCACCAUGGCAGGAGGCUUGUUCUCCAUAGACCGAGAUUACUUUCAGGAAAUUGGCACGUAUGACGCAGGCAUGGACAUCUGGGGUGGAGAGAACCUGGAAAUCUCUUUCAGAAUCUGGCAGUGCGGAGGGACUCUGGAGAUCGUCACCUGCUCGCACGUGGGCCACGUGUUCCGAAAGGCCACACCCUACACGUUUCCUGGAGGAACGGGACAGAUAAUCAACAAAAACAACCGACGCCUGGCAGAAGUGUGGAUGGACGAAUUUAAAAACUUCUUCUAUAUCAUCUCUCCUGGUGUGACCAAAGUGGACUACGGUGACAUCACGUCUCGCUCGGCUCUGAGGCAGAAGCUGCAAUGUAAACCCUUCAGCUGGUACUUGGAGAACGUCUACCCGGACUCCCAAAUCCCAAGGCACUAUUUCUCUCUGGGAGAGAUCCGUAACGUGGAGACCAACCAGUGCCUUGACAACAUGGCGCGGAAGGAAAAUGAGAAGGUUGGCAUUUUCAACUGCCAUGGCAUGGGAGGCAACCAGGUUUUCUCCUACACGGCCAACAAAGAGAUCAGGACAGACGACUUGUGCCUGGACGUGUCCAAACUAAACGGACCCGUCAUGAUGCUCAAGUGUCAUCACCUUAAAGGCAACCAGCUCUGGGAGUACGAUCCUGUGAAGCUGACCCUGGUCCACGUCAACAGCAACCAGUGCCUGGACAAGGCCAGCGAGGAGGACAGCCAGGUGCCCAGCGUCAGAGACUGCACGCACACGCGCUCCCAGCAGUGGCUGCUCCGCAACGUCACACUCCCAGAAGUCUUCUGACCACACUCUGUACACCCACAGACACGCACACCCACACACACAGCAGCCCGGCCUAAACAGUCAGAGGAGCGGACACGUUUAUUCACGUUGGGCACCGGGAAAAGAGAGACUUCCCGUGAGGGGACUCGGGAGGAGAGGAGGAUGGAUGGGAUGGUACUACCUCUGCCAGAGAUCAGAGGGAGGAGUUUCUUCUGGCCUCCUCGGAGCGAACAGAGCGGAAAGACUCCCCCCAAGGGGACGACGGCUGUUGUUUUACAUUUGUUUAGUUUUUUUGUUUUUGUUAAGAGACAUUGACCACAGAGAGGGACUGACUCCUGUGCGUGGACACGAGUCGGCGAGCUGGACUGGAGGUUGGGCACUCACUGCUUCCCUGGACGGAGUGGCCCCCCCCCCCUC